CUUUUCAAGUAUUGCUGAUCACCGGUUCUGGUUUAUCAUUCAUUAUAUUUAAUUAUGCCAAUAUUCCCCAAAUUAAACAUAUUGCACUGGCUGGAUUUGACACGGCUGAUUCAAUCGUCUAUUAUAAAAUUCCUGUGUCUAACAUCACUGACCUGUCCCACUCCACAAAUGUCAACUUUACAGGCCGUUGGGCUUUUCGUGUUGACACUUUGACAACAGAAUAUGGUCUGUUUUAUCCGACUAAGGACUCUAAGCUUUACUGUCAAAGUAAUGCAGACUCACAUCUUCAGUACCUGCGAUCUCCUUUCUUGUACUUCAAACGCAAAUAUUACAACAUAUCUGUCAACUGUAAUGGAUAUUUGACAUUUAAUGAGUCAUUUAAUGAAGGAUCCCCAAAGGCUUUCCCAGGCAACUCUACUAGAGACAUCAUAGCUCCACUGUGGACAGAGUUUGACAGUAGUGUUGACACAAGCGUCUCUUACCGCAUAGUAAAUCAAGGCCGUAUUCUGGAACGGGCGACGACUGAAAUCAAACAGUAUUUCCCACUGUUUGGGUUCUCGGUACAUACAGUACUCAUUGCUACUUGGAACAGGGUGCCCUACUAUAACAGCUCAUUAUCGGAUUCCUCUUUCCAAGUGGUUUUAGUCAUGUGCAGAACUUUUUCCUUUGUCAUAAUGAACUACGGCAACAUCUCUUCAACUGGUCAAAGAUUUCAGGCUGGUUAUGACACAAUAAACUCAACAAAUUAUUUUUCAAUCCCUUUACCUGAUCAAAAUAAGCUCUCCAAAUCCAGCAAUGUCAAUGUGCCCGGACGCUGGGUUUUCCGUGUUGAUGGUAGAUCGAAUGAGGAAAUAUUUUAUCCAUAUGGGGAUGCAGAGGAUGAGAUAAACCCACAGUCAGAUGAUGGAAGUUCUCCACCAAUCCCCUUGCUGCAGUCAUUUGUGUACUUUGGAAAUACAUAUGACACGAUAUUUGUGAAUAAUAAUGGAGACCUGACCUUUGAUAAACCGCUUCACCAGUAUAAUCCUGAUAAUUUUCCUGCAUACUCAACUAGAGAUAUCAUCGCCCCUCUGUGGACAGAUAUUAAUAAUGGAAUGGAAGGAACUAUUUCGUACCGACAAGUAACAAAUGGUGAUAUCUUGAAUCGGGCGUCAAAAGACAUUAACAGAUAUUUUCCCAACUUAAACUUCUCUGCCUCAUGGGUUUUCAUUGCUACAUGGGAUAAAGUACCGUACUAUGGAUACAGAGAGUCAGAGUCUACCUUCCAAGUGGUUUUAGUGUCUGACAAAAAGCGGUCAUUUACACUCAUGCAUUAUGAUUAUAUCACUUACACCCAAUCUGCAGAGUCCGGCUAUGACACAAACGGCUCUACUGUUUUCUAUUCAAUCCCUGUUUCUGAUGUGACAAACCUGCCAUACACAAGCAAUGUCAAUGUCAAGGGCAGAUGGGUAUUUCGUGUUGACAAUUCAUCAGAAGUCAAAGGAAGUUGCAUUAAUACUAAUUCCCAAGCUUUAGAUAGUCCCAGUGCUGCGGUGUGUGGAAUAAUCCCAGUUAACAGCAGCAAUGGUACAGUAGGAGGUCAGAACUCUUCAGCUGUUCACUGGCCAUGGCAGGCUAGUCUUUAUUGGUACAGCGGUCAAACAUGUGGAGGUUCUCUCAUCAACAAAGAGUGGGUGCUGUCUGCUGCCCACUGCUUUAAUGGGCAACGGAAUGGGUUUUAUUUGACUGUGAUUUUGGGACCAAAGACCCAGAAUAAGUAUGAUCCCAGCCGAAUCAGUAGAAGUGUGAAGGCAGUCAUCAAACAUCCCUAUUAUAAUCCUAAUACGAAUGAUAAUGACAUCGCUCUGGUCAGAUUGAGCUUUCCAAUUACCUUCACGGACUCCAUCAGGCCCGUGUGUUUAGCAGCUGAAGGCAGUGUGUUCAACAGCGACACAGAGAGCUGGAUCACCACAUGGAGAAACAUCAGUGAUGGAGUGCCGCUUCCAUCCCCAAAGAUUUUUCAGGAAGUGGAGGUGCCUGUAAUUGGUAACCGACAGUGUAAUUGUCUCUAUGGAGUUGGAUCCAUAACAGACAACAUGAUUUGCGCUGGUCUGCUGAAGGAAGGCAAAGACUUGUGUCAGGGGGAUUCAGGGGGUCCGAUGGUGAGCAAUCAGAGCUCUGUAUGGGUCCAGUCUGGUAUCGUCAGUUUUGGCUCAGGCUGUGCUCAGUCUGAGUUUCCCGGUGUGUACACCAGAGUAUCACGCUAUCAGGAAUGGAUCACCUACUUUACCUGCAGCGAUCCUCCAGGUUUUGUGCAGUUUACCUCCACAGGAGCAGAUCCAGACUACUGUUACUCCUGCCCUGGCCGUCCUCUUCUGUGUAACGCUUCAGCAGUUGUAGAACAGCAAAAACAAUUAUCUGCAGCGUCUAUAUCACACAAUUAUAUGCUGUCAUAUUUUUGGUUGUUUCUAGCUCUAGCAUCCCUGUUUAUCAUGUAAAUACACCAAUGUUGUUAGAAUUUUCUGUAAACUUUUUAACAUUAGCUCAAAGCUUAUUUGUUCAUACUAGUGCAUCACUUUUUUACAUGCUAAUCAUGGUAGCAUUAUACUUAACAUGGCAGCAACAUGCUAAUUCAUGUUCGCAACAUGCUAUGUUUAACUGCUAGAACCAACUACAUAAAUUAGCAGUGUGCUACAAUGCUAGCAAGACACUCAAACAUGCUACAUGUUCUAAAAGAUGCUAGAAACAAGCUAACAGCAUACUGAUCCAUUAAAGCAAUAUGUUAAAUGUACAAACACUGGUAGCAGGUAAAUUCAUGCUAGUAUUUUAUUCAUUCAUGCUAGCAAAUUGCUUGAAACUUAGUAGUUAACAUUAAUGCAUAUAGAAAAUAAUUAACUUGCAUAAUUUACAUAGUUAACCUGAACUGCACUUUAAGCUGAAUAAUAGUGUCUUGCAAAUUAACUAACAAAAUAUACUGACGUGUUAUAGCAACAUGCUACAUUUAAAACAUGCUAGAAACAUCUAAACAUUUUAGCAAUGUAUUGCUAGCAUGGCAUUCAAACAUGCCACAUGUUCUAAAAUAUGCUAGAAACAAGCUAGCAGCAUACCGAUCCAUUAAAGCAGCAUGUUAAAUGUACAUAACAUGCUGUAGCAGCCAAAUUCUUCCUAGUUUUUGUUUAUUCAUGUUAGCAAUAUGCUAGAAACUUAGUAGUUAAUGUAUACAAUGACUAAUUAACCUACCUUGCAUAGUUAACCUAAUUAAGCCUUUGAAUUCCACUUUAAGCUGAAUAAUAGUGUCUUGCAAUAUAACUUAUAACCUUAAGUACAACCUUAAAGUAUUUUAUAGUCUUUGAUUCAGAUUAAAGUGUAAUUUAAAGACCUAAUCAGUUUAC